AGGGUAUAAUCAUAUAGAAGACUACGAAACCCGCCUGGGAACGCUAUAGCUCGGAUAUCAACGCGAUCGAUUUGAGCAGUGUGGUAAGUCGUAUUGUCCUACUUUGAUCGACCUGGCGGUUCAGAAUAGAGUUCGAGGUGUUAUUGUCUUUAUCUCUCCAUCUUGGCUAUCCAAUGAGUACUCGCAUAUUUUGGGUGUGGGUUUCCCCGACUUUGAAGAGCUAGCGGUGAAAAUCAAGGUUGAUACAUACACGUUCAAGGCAAUUGCCAUCGUUCGAAGAAAGUGAUGAUCAGUAUGGCCGUGAAUAUUUGAAUGUUGAUUGAAUAAAUUCGUUGAAUGCCGAUCGGAGAUUUGCGGCAAUUGCCAAUUGGAAAUGUCGAGACGCGUUCCAACUUUGUUCCGGCGUUCAUUACCUCUUUUUCCUUUUCCUCGUUGAAGAUGUUUGGGUGUCUCAAAAGGAGCAUCUUUUCGCAGACCUUCAGGCCUGGACGAAACGUGACUUUACCAACGCGUCGCUUUGCCGGUAGCACUUCCUCAGCGCACUCCAUCGACUCGGACCAAACAGAGCGAGCAAAGCCCAAGCCUAAAGCAACGACGCCUCUUCGACGUUCUGCGUCAGCUUCCCUUCCCAUUCGUGCUAACCCAACACCAACUCGAAGCGACAUCCAAACUGUUUUUACAUUGACCACUGCCGAGCGCUACCUUCUACCCAAGUUUCGUGCACAUCCUAACCUUAUUCAUAAUGCUCGACCUUUUCAUGAAUCCUGGUGGUUCCCUCGUUGGGGUCCAAAAGAUAGAGAGGGCGAAGUCUUUGUGUUUGCUAACGGCAGUUUCGUCUGCUGGGGGCUUGGCGAGCAGGACGCUCGCAUGUUCGCAUCCGAAGUAAUCCAUCGGGUACCAGGUAUCGAGGUUGCAUCAUUGAAAGAGGCAGAAACGGAGGAGCUGGAGUUCGUGACUGAUCCAACUGAGACAACUCGGUUACAGGGUGACUUGAUUAUACUUGGCCAGACCUCUACUCCUCCAACAUCCUCCGACCUUCCGUCAAUGGUUUUCCCUAGCGAAAGUGUUCUUAGUCGCUAUGCUUUUUCACAAGCUUUGUCCCGUUCAACCGCGCUUUCCGCUUUGGAAGUGUCAUUAGACGAGUACCUCUCAUCGAUGGCCCUACUUCCGCAUUCUCUUGAGAAGACUGGGAAGCCAGGACUGGGGAGGGAGGCACUAAUCAAAAAAUUGGGCCAGCUCAUGAAAUUCAGGCAAGGUCUGAAUUUGAAUCGUGAAAAUUUCAGUGACGUACCAGACUUUUACUGGACGGAGCCUGAGCUUGAACAUCAUUUCAACUCAUUGACCGAUGCGCUUGAGGUCAAGCAAAGAACAGAUUCUGUGAAUGACAAAAUCACGUACGCAGCAGAGCUCCAAUCUGUCCUGCGACAGCUGCUGACUGAGUCUUCCUCGCACAUGCUUGAGCUGGUCAUUAUCGCGCUCAUUGCUGUGGAAGUUGUCAUAGCGCUCAUUCGCGAUGGUCCUGAGCUCUGGCAUAUGGUCAAAGGGACAGGAAGCGGUGGGAAGAAAAGUGCUGGAGAGACAGAUAUUUAGAUUGAGGCUUGAUAGAUGUCAUUAGUUUUGGAUAUAAAAGAAUCUCAACCCAAAGGGUGAAGUCGGAACCGACGUUGUCACUCUUAGGUUUGUUGGCAUGCGAAAGACCUUCGUUGCAUUUAUUCUUU